AUGUACAAAAGUCAGGGGCGCUGUUUUAGGGGAAAAAUAUGGCAGACAAAGCAUCCCGAUGUGGACGACUCCAGCUUUAUUCUUCGAGGUGCAUCUGGAGCCCUCCGACCAGGACGAUUAACCUUCAUUCUGGGACCGUCAGGAGCUGGCAAAACCACACUACUCAAAAUAUUGGCCGGCCGAAAAAAAACAGGUGUUACAGGCUCUUUGUACGGCGCAGGUCGGAGCUCUGUGUUAGUUGAUCAAGACACGACCCUCAUCGACACACUCACUGCAGGGGAGACGUUAAAAUUUGCCGCCAGUCUCAAAUUGCCUAACAUGUCACACAGAGAAAGGAGCAACACUAUCAAAAAAGUAACAAAACAACUGGGUAUCCAUGAAGUCUUGAACACUAGAGCAGGUUGCUUGUCGGGUGGAGAACGAAAGAGGCUGACAAUCGCGUGCGAAUUGUUAACUGAUCCAAAUAUUAUGUUGUUAGAUGAACCAACUAGCGGUCUAGAUGCAGUUUCAUCACUAUCUGUAGCACGAGCCCUGGUCACUGUUGCUCGCAGCGGUCGCACUAUCGCUUGCAUAGUCCAUCAACCCUCAUCACAGUUAUUUAGUAUGGCUGAUGAUAUCAUUGUACUUGCCAAUGGCAAGACAUUAUAUGCAGGAUCAGUAGCAGACCUUCCUGAUGCCUUAAUUAGGGCCGGUUUUAUCUGCCCUCAGUAUUAUAAUAUAGCUGAUUAUUUAUUGGAGAUAGCAAGCGAUGAGCACACGGGUAACAAGAAUCUCUUAGAAAAAGAAGCUAGUAGUUAUGCCCAAGAAAUGUUAAAAAUAGCCACGAAUGAUACUCAAAAUGGAAAAGCGAAUGGACUGUCAACAGAAUAUGAAGCCUUACUUAUUGCAAGCCCGAUGUCUGUAGAUGGUUAUGCUGCGACUGUGUGCCAACAACUCAAAACGUUGUUAUGGAGAUGUAGCAUUGGAGUACUUCGAGACGUAUAUUUGACACAGAUUAGAUUGGUUUGCCACUUUCUCGUAGCGUUAUUACUUGGUGCACUAUAUAAUGGUGCAGGAGCAGAUGCCGAUAGAAUGAUAUCGAAUACCGGCUGUCUCUUCUUUUUUCUACUGUUCCUGUUCUUCUCGAAUGCUAUGCCAACUAUACACACCUUUCCUGUAGAAGCUAAAGUUAUCUUACAUGAACAUCUUAACAAAUGGUACUCUCUGCCUGCUUACUGUGCUUCCAAAAUCAUCGUGGAUUUACCAAUACAGCUGCUGUGUGCGACAGUGUUUUUAUUCCCAGCAUGGUAUCUCACAUCGCAACCAUUGGACUUCACUCGCAUGGGCUUGGCUUGGCUAACCUGCGCCUUGGUCACUAUACUCGCACAGACAUUCGGCUUCGUGAUAGGUGCCGCAUGUGGAAUGAAGCUGGGGCUGUUUGUGAUACCGGCUGCCAACAUUCCAAUGUUGAUGUUCUCCGAGUUUUUCAUUCCUUACAGCGAAAUGCCUGUAUACCUUCGACCUUUCGCCUUGAUCUCGUACUUCCGCUACGCAUUUGCCGCUUUCCUCGAAACAGUUUACGGUUUCAAUCGAGAAAAACUACCGUGUCACAAAGAAUUUUGCAUGUUUAGAAAUCCUGAAGCAUACCUGAAGCACUUACAACUUUCUAGAAACUUAAAUAGCGAUUUCUUAGCUUUAUUUUUAUGGAUUGUUUGCUUGCAAAUUGCUCUCAUAAUAGUUUUAAAGUUCAGAGUAUAUAGAGCAUGCAGAUAG